UCCUCUCCACAUCCCCCUCUCGUCAAACCCUCAUCUCCCUGCUGUCUAAUCUCCAUCCUCCUACCGUCAUCUCCCCAUCCCCUUCUUGUUCUCUCCUCAUCCCCCUCUCGCUAUCUCCCAAUCCUCCUUCCCAUCCUCUCCCCAUCGGGGCGUUUUAUCCCCCCCCAGUUCUCUCCCCAUCCCCCUCUCUUCCUCUCCCCAUUCCCCUCUCGUCCUCUCUCCUUCCACCUCUCGUCUUAUCCAAAUCCCCCUCCCGUCCUCGUGCCAACCCCCUCCCGUCUUUUUCCCAUCCGCCUCCCGUACUUUCCCCAUCACCCUCCUGUCCAUACCCCCAUUCAGCCCUCGUUGUCCCCUCAUCCCUCUCCAGCCCUCUUCUUUUCCCCAUCCCCUCCUCUCCCCAUCCCCUCCUCUCCCCAUCAUCUUCUCGUAUUAUAUCCAUCCCCCUCCCCUCCUCUCCCGAUCCCCCUCCCGUCCUCCCAUUAUCCCCCUCUCGCCGUAUCCCCUUCCCCCACAAAUAACCCUCUUUCCCCCUCCCAAUCCACUCUUGUCCUCUCCCUAUCCCCCUCUUGCCCCCCACCGAUCCCUGUCUUACACGCGCCUGUAGUUGAAGCGGACGGAGUGUCGACGCUCGUUGCGACGGUCGGCGGGAGGUGAGUGGAAGGCGGCGUGGGGGGAUGGCACCCACGGUCGUGGCGCCGAUGGACUGGCGGGCAUGCGCUAAUCGGCGCCUUGUUGGAUCGGCGCCUCGGUGGAUCGGCGCCUCGUUGGAUCGGCCGCCGUUUCGUAACGCGCUUGCGCGAGGCGUCUGGCUUGCGCGCAAGCCUGGCGGAGGCGAGCGUCGCGAACUAGCAGCGGGUGAUAGCGGUUGGCGCACUUAUCGGGGGCAUCGUUACUGGGGGCUCCGCGCAACGGGGUAAUGGAAGAUUGCUAGGGGGGAACGCGUGCAGAUGUUCCCUAGGUGCUCAAGAAUCGGCGAGUAGGACUCCAAGGAUUGCGCGUGGGGGGCGGACGCUGAGAAUGUCGAGAGUGCACUCAAGGUCGCGCUUCAAACGGUGUUGUCGCUGCUGCUCGCCUCGUCGUCCGCUCGAGCUUACAAUCGUCAUUCUCCGCCGCUCAACGUGUUGCAAUGGCGGCUUUCGCCUCCCACUCGCGACUCGAUCGUCUCGUGGUGUUUCUGGCCCUGCUUCUUGGCAUGGCAGUCCCCUCAACCACCAAGGCAUGUUAUUCUCAUCUCUGCAGUCCCAUCAACCACCAAGGCUAAGACAGUGGUGGUGGGAGGGGGGGGGCGUCAACUCAUGGAGCGAGUGGCGCAUGAGGCUGUGGAAGAAGCCAGUGCUGCGAGGUGGCGACACUCUCAUGUUCAAGUGGUGGGGCUCCCCUAAUGACGUUGUAGCUUCAAUCACAAAGAGCCAGUUCGGUACAUGCAACUUCACUGGGUGGAUCAUGCUCCACAGCACCACGUGGGUGGGUCGCUACAAGCUCGUGCUCCCAUCCGGAGCGAACUGGGUUUUUUUUCGCCAGCAGCUUGAAAACAAGGUGCCAUAGGGAUCUCAAAUACGAUACCGGUACCAUCUUGCCAUGAGGAGUUCGGUAUGAGGCGAACAGAUACAGAUUUGCCAUGGCCAGCCGUUCUAGGAGAGUAUCAACUGUUAGUGGUGACAAUGGUUGGCUUGGCAUUGGCACCAUCUGUGCUUGAUGUGUUGGUUGGGGCUGUUUGUGGAUGUAGAAAGCAUGGCAUGCAUUACUUCG